AUGUCGGCCACCCCGCCGAAGAAGUCGGACGUGGAACCUGGAGCGCAGUCGCCUGACGAAUCUUCGGAGCCGCAUAUGGACAGAGAAGCUCAGGAUACACAAGCGCAAGGACUCGGCUACGAGUUCGAAGUCAAGGAGCAGGACCGAUGGCUGCCUAUAGCAAAUGUCGCCCGCAUCAUGAAGAUGGCCCUGCCCGAAAACGCGAAGAUCGCCAAAGAGGCCAAGGAGUGCAUGCAGGAAUGCGUCAGCGAGUUCAUCUCCUUCAUCACCAGCGAAGCCUCCGAAAAGUGCCAGCAGGAGAAGCGCAAGACGGUCAAUGGCGAGGACAUCCUCUUUGCCAUGACCUCGCUUGGAUUCGAGAACUACGCCGAAGCCUUGAAAAUCUACCUGUCACGCUACCGCGAAAACAAGCCUGCCGUCGGCUAUCAGCAACAGGGCAAUGCCGCUGCCGGGGCCGGGAGCAGCGCAUCCGGCGGUGCGAAUGCCUCCGCCGCCUAUGCCGGUGCAGAGGGUGCCAGCAACAACAACCUACUGAGCGGAGACGUCGACACGUCGGAGCAGGACAACAGCGCUUUCGGCUACACCGUCGGCCACCACAACGGCAACGGCAGCGCCGAAUUCUAA